AUGAAACAAUCAACACAAUCAAGUGUUCUUUUAACAUCACAACUUCCGCUGAUAAUCCAGUUCUAUUCUAAGAUUUUGCGUCGUCAUGAUGAACGAGACAUGACCGUCGCCGGUGAAUAUGGAAGCGUCGAUGCCUUAGGCGGCCAUCCCACCCACCUUUCUUCACACUUCUUCCUCUCUCUCACUUCCUCUCCUUCUUCUCUUUCUCUUACCACCUUUUUGGUCCUGCUAGACUUUCUCUCUCACCACCUCCAAUACUGCUCGAUUAGCUCGCAGUCUCUUUUUAUCACCUCUAAUACUGCUCGAUUAGCUCGCAGUUUCUUUUUAUCAUCCUCAAUACUGCUGGAUUUCUCUUCUUAA